CACGGUCUUUUAUUUCAUGUGUUUUUUCAUGUUUUCUUCAAAUUUCUUUGUUGCGUUUUGCAUGGUCACAGAACCUGCAGAUCCAGGCUCAACCACAGACAGUAGAUAUUGGAGAGGAUGACCUGACUAUAGUCUGCUCCUUAAGGAAUCCAUCACAAGUCAUGAAAUUGUUUUUUAUAAUACUGCAGAGAAACACUUCCAACUCUUUUGAAGUAUCGGUUUCUAUUACUUUUAGUCAAGAUAAUUUACAAGGUAGGAUAAUAUAUCCAGACUUAACUUUACAAAGCAGGACCACAGCAACAGGCUCUCUUAGUCCAGUCUCUACAGCGGAACUGAGAUUAACUUUCACAAAAUACAAUGUGAGGUGUCCAGAUGAUUUCAAAGAAUACAGGUGUAGAAUGAGAGGGGUGGAUAGUAAUUCUAAUUCGAUUUCUGAACAAGACGCUGAAUCAGAUCCAGUAAAGCUUGAUUAUAGAGUUCAGCCAUAUGUAAUCCAGAUACCCAGAGUGAGGAUACUCGGAGAACUGUUUGACACAAAUGAAAGACAGUUUGAAGUAGGAACAGCUGUGCAAUUAACUUGUACAGGACAGAUAGGCAGUGAUCCUAGUGCAACGAUACGUUGGUGUGCUAAGACUGCUGGAGCACCAUCCUUCACAGGGUUACCACAGACACCAACCCACUCCCAGUCCUCGCAAUCUGGCUGUCAGUACACACGUACUAGUAGUAUUAACUACAACCUCACCACUAGCGACACCUACAUACAGUUUCUGUGUGAGUCUGGAUACUCUGGUCUCUGUGAAACAGGAACGGCCAGACAGUAUCUUAAUAUAACCUUAGGGAGCUCAGAAUUACAGCAGCGUGUAUCCAAUGCUUGUUCAAGAGAUUUAUCCUUUCUUAUUCCCGUACUUGGAUCAAUCUCAGCUGUAUUAUUUGUCAUCUGUACUGGACUUGUAAUAUUUAUUAUCUUCAGAAUUCAAUAUUAUGAAAAAGCUACUUGUUGCUAUCGAAGGACUGAAAAAAAGGAAUACGUCAUGCACAACGUCACGAAGGUUGAUAAUCAUCAAUAUCAGGAUCUUGGCUCAGACCAAAAAAAACACCAAUGA